AUGGAAGUCUACCGUGGUGCUACACUUGAUUCAGAAAUAAUUGCGUGUUAUGAAGAAGCCAUUGGCACAUACAAGUGUUGGUAUAGAUUUUCUUCAACAAGCAAAAAUCGUCAUAAAGCAGAAACGUUUGGAAAUACGUUAUUUAUCAUGGAUCUAACAAAGACUAAAGCAGGUGGCUUUGAUAUAUCAUCAUAUUCAUGUUACCCACAUGAAGAGGAAGUCUUACUUCCUGCUGGAACAGAGUUUAAAAUUAUUACGGUUCAAUCCGACGCAGAAAACAAUAAACAUCGUAUUUAUUUAACUAUUAUAAAUGACCUGGACAAUGAAUACCUCUCUGAUUUAUCCCAAAAACAAUUAUCAGCAGAAGACGCACGCGCAGUAGCUAAUGCGUUGAAGAUCAAUCAAAAACUGACUUGGCUGGAUAUUUCGAGUACAAAGCUGUAA